GGUUCGCGUUUGCAUCUCGUCAAAACAAAGCGGGGGCGAGCAAGAGAGAGAGAGAGAGAGAGAGAGAGAAAGAGAGAGGCAGGCGGUUCAUGCCUCGUGAAUGAGUCCCCCUCCACCGCACCGCAGGUCGGACCCUUUAUCCGGCUGCACCCCGAUGCCCGUGAGGGAGCGCAGCCCGGCGGGGAGCAGUAGCGGAGCCAGCCGCUGAUGAUCCCGGACAGAGAAGUCUUCCCCUCGGCGCUACAUGACCGAUUCAUCCCAUCAGGAGCAACACGACAGGAUCAGGAACGAUGCUUGAUGGACUCCGGCGGAGGCACGCCUCCCGGCCCUCCCCUCGGCCCCUGUCACUCAACUUCAGCACCUUCUCGGCCCCUCCUCCGAGUCCCGACAUGGAUAGCAGCCACGAGCAUCCAAUCAGGAGGACUCUGCACCGGCUCAAGCUGAUGAGCUCUCCCAGCCUCAGCGAGCUGGGCAAGAGUGAGAAAAGUUCGCCUGAAGACAGAGGGGAGAAGCAGAAGAGGGCAGGAGCCAACGCCACCUGGAACAGCAUCCACAAUGCUGUCAUAGCCGUCUUCCAGAAGAAGGGCUUGGCUGAUAACGAACUUUACGUCCUUAAUGAAGGUGUCCGACAUCUGUUGAAGACUGAGCUGGGUUCCUUCUUCACAGAAUAUCUUCAGAACCAGCUGCUGACAAAAGGCAUGGUCAUCCUACGGGACAAAAUAAGAUUCUACGAAGGUCAGAAGUUACUGGACUCUCUAGCAGAAACCUGGGACUUCUUCUUCUGUGAUGUCCUCUCCAUGCUGCAGGCCAUCUUUCACCCGGUCCAGGGUAAGGAGCCUUCCGUCCGGCAGCUGGCCCUGCUUCACUUCAGGAACACCAUCGUCCUGAGUGUCAAGUUAGAGGACGCCCUUUCUCGACCUCGAGCUCGUGUGCCUCCCUCUGUUACACAGAUGCUGCUGAUUCUACAGGGGGUCCAUGAGCCGCGAGGCGUCAACGAGGAGUAUUUAAGGUUAGAGUCUCUGGUUCAGAAGGUGGUCUCGCCCUACCUGGGAACCCACGGACUUUACUCUGGGGACGAUGAUGAAGCCCAUUGUUGUGUUCUAGAGAAGCGUUUACCGUGGGGCUGGCCCAAAUCUGGGGAUCAACAGUCUAAAAACCCCGUGGUACGAUCAAAAAGCUACAAUAUUCCUCUGCUGCUGACCCCGGUGGCGGAGUAUGACCCAGAUGCCAGCUCAGUUGGCAGCGGAGGAAUCCGGCGCCACUCAGCCUGUGAGAUUACAACUUGCCUGGAGGAACAAGGACUGGUCUUCGCUGACCGGGUCCCGGGAUCCGAGCUGUCUGCCUCCUCCUCCAACAGGCUGUGUGUGAGCUCCCAGUUUAACGGAGCCGGAGCCCUGGACUUGCCUCUUUCGUCCCCCUCCAUCCUUCCCCUCCAUUCCUCAGGAGCUCUCCACGGCACCGAGGCCACGACAACAAUGACUGAUCUCAGUAAGGGCGCAUCCUCCACGCCGCCCAGUGAAUCAUCCAGCCCUGAAACCAUAAUUGGACAAGUGCUAGAGUCGGCCGACUCAGACUCAGAUGGGAUAUUUAUCGAUUUCCCGCCUCACUCCUCGGAGGCAAUGGGGCUUAGCCGUGAGAGCCGGCAGAGCACUGUGUAACUGUCACCGCCUUCAGGGACGCAUGGUGAGUGUGUGCGGGAAAAUUUUGGGAGGAAACGGGAAGAAGUCUUAUAAUUACAUUUCAUUAAAAUGGGUACCAUCUUCUUUUUCGUUUUUUUACUGUAGUACGAUGACUUUCCAUGACGAGUCUCUUCCAAGUGCUUUCACUAGUGGGUGAAAACCUUUGAACUGUUCAUGUAAAAAUGUUUAGAGCUGAGAAAAACAUGCAUAUCAAAGAAGACGGAAAGUGGUACUUCUAUCUAAAGGAGUGGAGAUGGAUUGUUGUUUAAGGAUACAUUAUCUGUAUCUUACAUUUUCUGAUUGUCAACAAAUCCCUAAUUAGCCAAAGCCUGAUUUAUCUUAUUCUGUUGUGCCACCAAGUUUCAUUUCUGCUCUGUCGUGGUCCUUUUUUGUUUGAUAUUUCCACUACAAAUCCUUAAAGGAGCGUCAAAUAAACAGACAUUAAUCCUCAGCUGAAAAUAGUCCCCAAUGCAGUGUUAUUUGCAAAUGUUCAUAUAUCCACAUAACUGCAAAAAAUAAAAAAUUAGAGCAGCUUUAGGGAAUGUUUACCCUAUUUUAGACUGAAGCUACAUGAAUUUGUAAUUCACUUCUUAAGAAUUGCCUUCAAUAAGAAUGAAUGGUCUUCAUUGCUGCAAAGUAUUGAUUCAUAAAUUGUUGGUUUUGAUUAUUUUCAUGGGAUUUUAUGACAACCGGAAAACUCCUGAAAAUAGAGAAUGUCGUUGGUCUCAUUCUUGAACCCACUAAGGAGCAACUGAAGUGUAAAAAAAAUGAAAUUACAAGGUUUUCAUGCAGCGGGAGUUUUUCUUCCUUCUGCUGAGGUUCCAGCCGUCGUUCACGUGGAAAAAAUGAGGACUUCACGGACACGUCACGUUUUGAAUUUUCCUGGAUUUGUUUUGUACAUGUGUAAUCUGAAAGAACAAUUUGCUAUCUCCUGUCUGCGCUCUGUUGUGUGCUGCUUGGUAGUAAUGAGGUCUCCUGCGCUCACUUGUCACCAGCGCUCUUAGAGUCUAAACCUUUAGAGCAAACAUCAGUGUGACGGCAUUUGCUUUUCCGCUUCGGAGCUGGAGGAAUAUGACAGUGCUUAUUGUUUACAUUUGACAAAAACGUGAGAAGUUUUUGACUGAAUGUUGUCUCACACACUGUAAUUUGCACCACCACUACCUUGUAAAUAAAAGUGCUUUGUUGGUUUUUUAGAACAGCUAGAUAGUGUAAAGUGAGCAUUGACCUUGAAAUGAAUUCAGAUUUUAAUAAGGGCUUUUUAACGGAAUCUUUUUCAAUGAUGUUUUACCUCAAGCGUUUUGUACUUUACUUUUUUGACAAUCUAUGAUGUCUACGGAGUUGUACUUUGUAUUAAUUUGUUAUACUAGCCCAGUAAAAAAAAUAAAUACAUUUGAUUAAUAUUUAAAAGCA